AUGCUGGGCGACAUCACAAACUCCAACGAACCGCGCGUCAACCGCGGCCUCAAGCUGGUGGUCGCCUUUCGGCGCUGCGCCAAGAAGUUCGUGGGCGCGAACCACCCCGCGCCCGGCGUGGCCGGCCAGCACGGCCCCGACCUCCUCGGCGGGAACCCGCCUCCGAGUGGCAUGCCGGAGCCCCUCAAGCCGGACCCGGCCCAGUCGCCACCGGCCGCCAAGGUGGCGCCGCCGUCGCCGAUGGAGAAGACGAUCGCUCCGAUCCAGGUCUCCGCGCUCGAGAGGGUCGAGACGGCCACGCGUAAGCUCGCAAAGGAGUCGCACGUCGUGGCGCUCUACGCACGCCUGAAGCAGGCGGGCGUGGGCGACGAGCUCCUGAAGCUCUGCUGGCAGCACGUCGCCACCAAGGGCGUGACCGGCAUCAUGGAGCUCAUCGCGGUGAUCCACCUCGGCAAGUCGGAGGGCAAGAAGAUGAAGGCCGACGCGCAACAGCACGAGCGCAACAUGAGCCCGCUCGAGGCGCGCGCCGAGGAGGCCAAGGCACGCGGCGACACGCACGAGGAGAUCCGCCUCGCGCACGAGCUCAAGGCGGCCUUCAAGAUCUACCACGACAAGCGCGUCGGCUACCUCAAGCUCGCCACGCUCCUCGUCGCCGCCAAGUCGGCCAUCCUCGGCGAGAACAAGGCCAUCGAGAUCCGCAACGAGCACAAGGUGGCCGACCGCGCGGCCGAGAAGCUCCUCCGCGCGAAGGAGGACGACGUCAAGGAGCUGCACUGCCUGCUCAAGGCCGCCAAGGCGGAGGGUGAGAUGUCGUGGCUGGCGGCCGCGGCGGCCGUGCAGGGCGCGUGAAGGCGCAACGCUCGCCGCUCGCCGGCCUGGCCGGCUUGCCCCCCUCGCGUUGCAGCCACAGGCGUCGCGCCUAGCUCUCGCCUCUCGGCGCGCUGGUGCUCUCGCCUCGUCGCUCGCUCGCACACACGUCUCCACGUUGUCGUUGAGGUUGUGUCCACGUAGAUGUUUGCGGUAUACACUAUGCUCAGAGCCU